GAAGUUAGGUGUAAAAUUUAACUGGUGCGAUUAUUAUAACCAAAAUGAAAGCAGUGAUAUUGUAGUAGAGAAGAGAUACUUAGAACUUUCUCAUGGCUUCAAGCUCGGACGAUGACAAUGACUUCAUCAUUCUCACGAUCACCAACUCCAAUCAAUUUGAGGAAAACUCAGUCUCUGAUCAAGACCUUUUCCUCUCAGCCACCGAUAUCUCAAGCUGGGAUUUGCCUUCAAUUCUCACUUUUUCCACGCUUAGAGUACAAGCGCAUCGAACUAGGCUUAUUGAACAGUCCUCAUAUUUCCAUGGGAUGCUUAGCUGGAGUUUUAGUGAAUCGCGGCUGGAUCAUAUUUCGAUCGAGUGGGAAUUGGAAGCGUUUGUGAAUAUUCUGAAGUGCUUAUACGGUUGCUCAGUCGAUGUUACUUUUGAUAAUUUUCUCAACUUUUAUGAGGGGGCACUUUAUUUUGGAGUCAAGAUUCUUCUUGAAAAGUGUAAAACUUGGUUUUUGGAGGUGGUAUCAUCUACAGUGCCAUCACAAAUGCAGUUGGAUGAUUUGAUUUACAUUUGGAACUUUGGCUUCAAGCAUGCCAACGAUUAUCUUCCAGAAUUGUGUACAAGCUAUCUUGCAAAAAAUUUUAUGUGGGCGGUUUCUUGUAAAUCUUUUGUGGAUGUUCCAUACAGAUUACUACAAGAUUGUGUGAAGCACCCCCAUUUGACAAUACAAAAUGAGAUGCAUCUCUCUGAUGCACUUUUCAUGUGGAUUGAUGCUAGCACAAAAGAUUUGAAUAAAAUGGAAAACAACUGCACUGACAUUUUAAAACAGAUCCGUUUGAGCCUUUUACCAUUGUGGUUUGCUGCAGGGAAAAGAAGAAAUUGUCAUUAUACUAAGCUUGUAGAUGAAAGCAUUGCUUCAGUUUUCAAACUACUCAAAAUUUCACCUGCUGGCUCAUUACGUUUUCUAGAGGGCGGUGACUUGAAAGAUUUUAGGAUUCGGGUGACGGAAUAUUCCAAGAAGCUGAACCUUUCAAGUUGUCCACAGAUAACAUCGGCAAUACUACUCUUGUCUCUGCUUCCUUCUUUAAACUGUACAGAUUCCAUGUUAAGGAGUAGCGUUAAGCAGUUAUUGACUAAGCUUGAAAGUCUUGAGAGAGAUCCCUACUUAAUUUCACAGGGAUUGUUGCCAAUGUUAUCUUUUGAAGCAGUAGAGGAAGUGGAUAUUUCCAAGUGUGACAAGCUGCAUCUUCGAGCUGCCAUCGAAUGUUUUUCCAUGUCAUUUCCAUCAUUAAAAAUAUUGAAGGCAGCUUAUUUGUUGAAUUUCAGUAUAUCAUUCUUACGUCAAUUGGUGCUAAAAUGUCCUGCAAUUUGUGAAGUGGACCUAGCUGUUGAUGUCAGUCCUAUUAUAUUGGAAGUUUCAAAUAAUUCCUUAACUAGUGGCGUCAGACUUGUGGACGUGUCACCUCUUCAUACGUCCAAAGUGAGACUUUCAAAUAUCACAAAGCUUACACUAGAGGGCCGAACUGAGCUUUGUGAUUCUGAUCUCUUGUAUAUUGCUAAAUUUUGUAUCAACUUACAACACCUGAACCUUAACGGGUGCACUACAUUAACAGACGUUGGCAUGUCGAAUCUUUUACACAGAUGUCUUAGAUUGAAAUCAAUUCUUGUGUGUCAUACUACUUUUGGAUUGAAUUCUGUUCUAGCUUUAUGCUCCGACUUUCAUGGUUAUGAUAAUACUUCGACUCAAAUUUCAGUGUCUUUGGCAUUUAAUAUUCAGACACUGCAUAUUGGUGACUGCAAGUGCGUUGACGAAACAUCUCUUCUAAAACUUCUGUCUGAAACACAAAUGCUGAAGAGUCUUUGUUUGAGGGACACUCACAUUACUGACCGUGCUCUUUGUAGUAUUCAUGGUUCUUCCUUGGAGAUGCUUGAUGUUUCUAAUACUAUGGUCUCUAGAGAAGCUUUAACACAUAUUAUCUCUGGAAAUCCUGGUUUGAAGUGUUUAAGAGUAAAGGGAUGUAGGAAUUUGUUUGAAUACAAAAGCAAUGCUGCAAUGGGAGAAUUUUCCUACUUAAAUUCUUGUGGGGAAGUGGAAAUUGCUCUAGGCAAAACUUGCAGAUUGCAAGAAAUUUCCCUUGGAUGGGGAUUUUCUCACUUUUCUAUGGAAGCUCUGAAACCUGCAAUAACGUCACUGAGGAAGUUAACAGUGGGCUUGGGUGCAUCAUUAGGUGAAGCUGCACUGACAGAACUACCUUCUACUUGUCCUUUUCUAGAGUCUAUAGCUCUUUAUUUUCAGGUAAUAUCAGACAUUAUUAUUGUAAACAUCUUGGAAUCCCUGAGGAACUUGCAAGUCUUGGCUUUAUGCUAUUGUUUUGGCGAUAUAUCCUUUGUAGCUUUCAAGUUCUAUAUGCCAAAUCUGAGAAAGUUGCAACUUGAACGGGUAAGCCCAUGGAUGACCAAUGAAGAUUUGGUUAUUCUGACACAGAGCUUUCCAAAUCUUGCUGAGUUUUCAUUGCUAGGGUGUCAACAUCUGAAUUCAGAUUCGCAACAAAUCAUCUCACAUGGAUGGCCCGGCUUACUUUCAAUCCAUUUAGAGGAAAAGGAUAUCAUUUAUAGGAGAACUCCUUGCUUUGCUAUUGCCAGUAUUUCUCAAUUCCUUAAUUGGAAUGUGGAAAGAUUACAGCAAACGGGGUUUCUUCUCUUCUUGAGUGUGUGGCUCUUGAAGAUCUGUUGUUGCGACAUACUGGUCAUGGGAUACAAAGGAGCUUCAUUCAGGAUGCUGCUUCAAAAAUGCCGUUACUUAGACGAGUGUCACUGGAUUUGUGUGAUGCUAGUGAUGGCUACUUCGAUAUUCCACCGCUCAGGAUGACGAAAAGAGUUAUUUACGCUUUGUGAUGAUAGCACGAUGCAAAUCGAUGGAGUGUGGUUUAGCUUUACAUUGUCUGGAGCCUCGAAGAAAGCGAGUUCACAAAGAGACGUUAUUGGUGUCGUGGACCAGUGAAAAUGUCAUCAGUAGAGUGGUGAAGGAAAGGCUGUAGGGGUUUUGAAUGAGGUGGUGGAGCCUCAAUAAGUUCAUCACGAGCUCAUGUUCAGUAAUAGGUGAAGUUUUGCUGUUUACCUACCAACUUAACUUAUUGAUAUUUGUUGAAUGCUUUUGUUAACUUGUUGUAUACGAAAUGAGCACAAAAAAUUAGUCAAAAUAGAAAGAGUAAAAUUUUCUUUACUAAUAAAUUGCAAGUUCAAGCA